AUGAGCCAUUUGGCCCACAGCCUCCUCGACCGAUUUUGCUUGGACAGGUCCCACCUCUCAGCCUGCUUUCAAAAGCUGGAAUCAGUUGCCAGGUACUUGGAAGAGCGGGUCAGUUCAUAUAACGGAGGAUGCGGUGACAACGCCUUCCCCUGCGAUGCCGAUACGAAUGGUCUCUGUGGAUGUUGCUGUGACGCCGGCUACCAGGCCAAUCAGAGUGGACACUGCCAGGCCUGCGAGGUAUCCAUUCCUUGGAAGUGUGCUGCUGCCAUGAUAGCGGGAGCAGGAGUGAGCGUCGCGAGUGCACCUGUUCUUCUGGCUGCGGCGGGCUUUACUAGUGCUGGCAUAGCUGGCGGUUCCUUGGCAGCUCUGUGGCAAAGCCACAUGGCAGCAGUGUCUGGCGGCAGUCUUUUUGCCUGGUUGCAGAGCAUCUCUAUGGCGGGCUUGGGAACGACAGGAAGUCUUGGUUUAGGUGGUGCCGCAGGUGCCGCGGCCAUGGGCUUCUGCAAGGCAGCGGACCGCUUCUGCGAUGGCUGCAUAGACCACUCCGCCAUGGAGUGUUCGCCCUCUGGCUCCGUCGAGAGCAGCCUCAUUCCUUUGUACCGGUUCUUGGAGGAUCAAGGAUUGGGCUCAGCUGCAAAGGACAUCGUAAAGUCCAGCGGGGCCCAGAGCUUGGAAGACUUGAUAGAAUUGGAUACGGAGGCGGUCUCGCAAAUCACCCGUGAAGCCGGCUUGACGGCCGUCCUUGCUAGCAAGCUGCGCAAAGCUUUGAAAGUCUUGUUGAAGCGGAACAAUCCGGGCGAGACGAAUGAGAGCGUGCUCAUGCUGCAGUCCGUGAAUGACGUGAACCUUGCCAAGUUCUUAGACUUCGAUGUGCCACUAUACAACGGUAUCACAAGGGACUUGUUCCCGGGCGUGGAUCUCCCCAAGCCUGACUACUCCAUGAUGGUCGGCAAGCUCACGCUGAAUCUGGACAGCACACACUGCCAGGCCCAUCCCUACUUCAUUGACAAGAUCAUCCAAUUCUACGAGUGCCACCUCGUCCGGCACAGCGUGAUGCUGGUCGGGAUGCCGUUCAGCGGCAAGACCACGGCGCUGAAGACCCUUCAGAAGGCUCUUACCGACUUGGCGCAGGAGGGCCUCAUGCAUGCCGGAUGCGUCGUUCACCAGGCUCGUCUGAACCCAAAGUCCAUUCCAGCGCGGGAUCUCUACGGCUGCUUCGAGGAGGUUUCUCGCGAGUGGGUGGACGGCAUCGUGGCAGUCCUUUUCCGUGAGUUCGCCCGAAAUCAGACGGAGGAGAGAAAGUGGCUGGUGUUCGAUGGCCCAGUGGAUGCUGUCUGGAUCGAAAACAUGAAUACUGUUAUGGACGAGAACAAAAAGCUAUGCCUCAACAGUGGCGAGAUCAUUGCUAUGUCCCCGAACAUGCGCACCAUCAUCGAGCCCAUGGAUGUGGAAGUCGCUUCUCCGGCGACAAUCUCGCGCAACGGUAUGGUAGAAGAUUGGAUCGGGUGUGAUCCCCAUCCGACAAAGAUGGAGCUUCGAUGCAGCGCCUUAGUUGCGAUUGCUGUGCAGAUGCUAAUCACAGAGGCGGCUAUUUGUGGCAACUGGAAUGAAACGCAGUGUCCCUCCAUGAAUGAUGGCGGUUGCAGCUGCUACUGGAACUCCACAACCUGUGCAAAGAACAACUCGGACUGCAGUGGCGUUGGCAUUACAUCCGUGAGUGACAAUUGCACGCUUACAGGCGGUGAAGUGGUGACUGAUGGCUGGAGCGGCAACGACACCGGCACCAACUGGUGCAACAGCUGCAACUGUGGACAGGGGACGCUAGCAUGCACCCUCAUCGGCUGUAUCGACCCGAAUGAUAAUUGCACGCUUACAGGCGGUGAAGUGGUGACUGAUGGCUGGAGUGGCAAAGACACCGGCACCAACUGGUGCAACAGCUGCAGCUGUGGACAGGGGAUGCUGGCAUGCACUGAAAUCGGCUGUAUCGACCCCGAUGCCAAUGGCACGCUGCAGACCAGCAAUGCCGGUCGAUCUGAGUUGCUGAUCUCGGCAGUGCGCCGCAUUGCGUUUCAUGUUACCUACGGAGUCUUCUUCGAGCCUCACCUCAUGGGGUAUCAGCACCUCAUCGACAAGACGCUGAAGGGCUCUUUGCCGCAGGAAAUGGAAGAAGCAGAGCGCACAGCGCUGUCCAGCAUGAUUGACUUCCUUGUGCCGGCAUUGGUGUCUCACGUGCAGAAGCAGUGCAGAACUGUAUCGCCCGUCCAAGAACAGAACUUGGUGCAAAGCUUCUUAGUGCUCCUGACGACGCACUUGGAAAGCGGCUACAAGGAUCCAAACAUGAGCCGCGAUGCUGUGGACGGUAAAGCCAUCGUGGCCAUGGUUGAUUGUUAUGCGAUCUGGUGCGCUAUCUGGUCCUUCGGGGCGGUUUGCGAGACCAGCAGCCGGUCCUCUUUCAGCCAGUUCCUGCGCAAGUUGCUGACAGGGCAGGUCGAAAACAACAAGCCGCACAAGAAGCUACAGCCAAACCUCCCUGAUCGUGGCUCGGUCUUCGACUACAUUGUGGACCUGAAGCAGCCAGGCUGGACCACCUGGAUGGACACGGUGGAGGCCCAGACCAUCCCCAAUUCGGCCCAGGUGCAAAAUAUCAUCGUGCAGACGGUGGACAACGUGCGGUACCGCUACAUCCUUGAACACUGUAUCAAGCAUCGCAUCAAGCUGCUGUUCUGCGGUCCCACGGGAACGGGCAAGACCGUCUACAUGCAGCAGGCACUGAUGGCGAUGCCAAAAGAGACGCACAUGUCAAUCCAGAUCGGAUUCUCCGCUCAGACGAAAUGCUCGCAGACGCAGGAUCUGGUUGACGCCAAGCUGGAGCGGCGACGGAAAGGGAUCUAUGGUCCACCCAUGGGCCGGAUGUGCGUUGUCAUGGUGGACGAUCUCAACAUGCCUGUGAAGGAGAAGUAUGGGGCCAUGCCCCCCAUCGAGAUUCUGCGGCAAAGCAUGGCUGUACUGGCCAUGGGAGAUGGCCGAAGGUCCAAGCCGAACUUGGUACUGAUACUGCUUGAUGACCAAGAUCAGGUCCUAGGGGGCAUGGACCCAUACCCUAACAUCCAGCGCCUUCUGGGUAAAGGUGGGACAAACUUCACAAACUUCUUCGUCAACACACCUGUUUGCUGUCCCUCGCGAGCAGAGUUGAUGGGAGGCCGUUAUGGGCACAAUAACUUAGUCGGAGAUCUUCGAUCUUCCGGGGGUUCUAAAGGGUGCAUGUGGGCAAACGUCACUGGGUCGUACUUCGUCCAAAACCAGCUCGGGAGCUACCUGUCCAAGCUCGGGUACACGAAUGGCUUGUUUGGAAAGUACAUGAACUCUCCUGCAUGCUCGUGCCCGGUGGAGGCAGGCUGCAGGCAACUGCCCAAGGGUGACCAGGCCGUCCCACCCGGGUGGGACAGAUGGUUCGCACUUUGCAAGAUGGGGAAGUACUUCAGUAACAGUUAUAACGAUGAUGGUCAGGAGGUGUCCACGGGAGAUGCACCACAGGACUACAUGACUUCCGUCAUUGGCAACAGGACCAUUGAAUGGCUGCACGAGGUUGCCGGAGCUGGGCGUCCGUUCUUUGCGUACGUCGCACCUCGCGCGCCUCACAUCGCAGAUGCCCAGUUUCCGUACAUCACACAGGCUGCUCCGUGGCAUGCCGGUGCUGCUGGCCAUGCAAAGGCACCCAGAACUCCUAACUGGAACGUUCCAAAUGCAGGUGCGCAUCCCUUGAUUUCCAGCCAACCGAAAAUGGACGACCUGACGGUGAAUUGGAGCGAUUCCUUGUAUCGCUCUCGCGUGGAGUCCAUGCUGAGCGUGGACGACCUGGUGGCUGAGGUGUUCCAUGUUCUUGACAGCAAGGGGGUUCUUGACAACACAGUUGUCCUUCUCACGUCAGACCAUGGAUAUGCGCUAGGUCAGCAGGCAAGGCCGAGUGGGAAGUUCAAUGUCUAUGACAACGACAUUCGUGUGCCUAUGCUCCUGCGAGGUCCCGGAAUUCAGCCUGGUGCCCGCGUAGAUGCUGUCUCUGGCAUCGUUGACAUUGCUCCUACCUUGGUGGAGCUUGCUGGGGGGGAUCCCGACAUUAUGGAGCUGGACGGACGCUCACUGGUGCCUCUUUUGGGCAACCGCUCGCCGGCAAAAUGGCGCAAGAUGUACCCUGUUGAGUACUGGAGUUUGGGAAAUGUUAAUCGUGGCUUUCCACAAAGUCCACAGUGUAACCCCAGCGAGGGCGCAGACUGCAAGAAGAGUUGGUGCACCUGCCACUACCACCGUGUGGAUGGUGAGAACAACACCUACUUGGCCGCUAGAUACAUCGCUGAAGACGGGGACUUCCUUCUCGCAAACUUCUAUGCUGACAGGACACCUUCAGGUGACCUGCCUCGCAUAUUCCAUGAACUGAACCCGGUCUUCACUGAGUUCUACGAUCUGAAAGCGGAUCCAUGGCAGAUGAACAACCUGUACCCGCAGGUGGAAGCCGAGCGCCCGUCACUCCUGCGCCGUCUUCGACGGGUGCUUUUUGCAAUGAAUCGCUGCAGCGGACGCUCGUGCCGCGAAGCUGACGUCGAGGAUGCCACAGCCUACGGUCCCACUGGCGGAUGGUACGAUCGAAAGGAUGCCACACACCCUUUCCGGAGCAUCAUUGAUGUCUUGUACUUCGCCGCCAUGGGGCCCCCAGGUGGUGGCCGCAACUUUAUCACACCUCGGAUCAUCGGGCACAUGUACCUUGUUGGCUUUCCACUGCUGGACGAUGACAACAUGAUGCAGAUCUUCAACACCAUUCUGGAGUGGAAGUUCCGGACGGACAACUACCCCGCUGAUGUGGCCGGGCUCAGCAAGAAGAUGGUCCAAGCCACCCUGGAGAUCUACAAGAACACGUCCAACGAGCUCCGCCCAACCCCGAUGAAGGUGCACUACACCUUCAACUUGCGCGACUUCUCAAAGGUCAUUUCUGGCGUCCUUCUCCUGAAGAAGAACGAGUGCGAAGGUCCAGAUCGCCAUGUUCGUCUUUGGGCUCACGAGAUUCUGCGUGUGUUUGGUGACCGGCUGAUCGACGACAACGACCGGGAGUGGAUGUUGCUGCAGCUUCGAGAACAGACGAAGAAGAACUUCCAGAACGCAAUCUUUCAACGACAGAUGUUCCUCGGUUGUCUCCUCGUCUUUGUCGCCAUGGCCACCAACUUCUGGGCGACUGGCAGGAAGAUCGUGGCCGUGGGGAAAAACUACCAGAAGCACAUCGAAGAGAUGGCUCAAAUAGGCAGCAAGAAGGAUGAGAAGUUUUUGUCCGAGGCACCCCAAGUCCCGGUGCUUUUCCUGAAGCCCACAAGCUCCUAUCUGCCCAUGGGCAGUGGACCCAUACGGCUACCGAGAAACAUUGGGCCAGUCCACCAUGAGGUGGAGCUGGGCAUCGUGAUCGGCCAGAAAUGCAAGCGCGUCAAGGAGUCGGAAGCACUGGGCGUCGUUGCAGGAUACUGCCUCGCCCUCGACCUCACAGCGAGAGAUCUGCAGCUUGCAGCUAAGGAGAAAGGAAUGCCUUGGAGCGUGCCCAAGGGCUAC